GGCUCUCCGCAAUUGUUUCCAGCGUCAUUUUGACUCCUUUUUGUGGGGGCGUACGUGCGGGCACAAAAGCACCUUCGCCCUUCGCCCACAAACCCUAGAAACCCCUCCCUUCCCCCAACCCCCCCCCCCCCCCCCCCAAACCCUACUUCUGUUCCUCCCGAUGCUGUGAUCCGCCCGCGCGUGCCCAUGGCGCUAGACGGCCCCGCGGAGCGACGGGACGAGUCCCAGGCCUCGGUGGGCAACGGCAACGGCGUGGCCCCGCCGCCGUUGCGGCCGGCCGGCCGGCCCUCUGCGGCGGGGGCGUACGCGGACCGGCGGCUGCGGCUGAACCCCAACAUGGAGCACAAGCCGCAGGACUACCGCGACGUCCGCGGCGAGUACGCACCCGCUGUGUACAGUGCGCUUGAGCGGCACCUCCCACCCAGUCUCUUGGAUGCGAACCGGGAAAUCAAGCUGCAGAUCAUGCGGGACGUCCUCGGGCACUACUGGCCCCAUGGUGAGCGCAACAAGGUUCAGAGGCACAGAGAAUACAGACAGAGAAUACUCAACCAUUAUAAGCCACUUCAUAAAGAUUUAUACAACAUGCGCCCUUCAAAGUUCUUUUUACCAACAUUCCUUGAAGCAAUUAGGACCAAUACAGAAGAAAGCUUUAGAAGUAUUAUGACUGAGCCAAUUCCUGGCGUUUAUGCUUUUCCUAUGUUACAGCCUGGUUUUUGUGAGAUGCUAUUACAGGAGGUAGAGAACUUUGAAAAAUGGGUCCAUGCAAUGAAAUUUAAGAUAAUGAGGCCAAAUACAAUGAACAAGUAUGGUGCUGUCCUUGAUGAUUUUGGUCUGGAAGUUAUGCUGAACCAAUUCAUGGAACAGUUCAUAGCUCCAAUGUCUACAGUAUUUUAUCCUGAGGUUGGUGGAGGAACAUUAGAUACACAUCAUGCUUUUGUUGUUGAGUAUGGCAAAGACCGGGAUGUUGAACUUGGUUUCCAUGUUGAUGAUUCUGAGGUUACAUUGAAUGUUUGCCUUGGCAAGCAAUUCUCUGGUGGUGAAUUGUACUUUCGUGGCAUCCGCUGUGAGAAUCAUGUGAAUUCAGAGACACAGCAUGAGGAAAUGUACGAUUACUCUCAUGUUCCAGGACGAGCUGUACUUCAUCGUGGUCGUCAUAGGCAUGGUGCUCGACCAACAUCAUCAGGACUUAGAAUUAAUCUGCUUUUGUGGUGCAGAAGCUCUGUGUUCAGAGAGAUGAAGAAAUACCAGAAGGAUUUUUCGGGCUGGUGUGGUGAAUGUAAGCGUGAGAAGAAGGAGCGACAGAUUCAUGCUGUUAAAGCAACCAAGCUGGCAUUUCUUAGGAGUGCUGGAGGGGCAACGAUUUAAGUCAUAUUUGCUUUAUGUAUUUAUACAAAUCUUGUAUUAUAUUGUACUUUGGUAUCGUUAGUGCGAUCUUCUGUUUUUUUUGGUCACAACCAUUAGUGAUCACAGUUGUAUGUAAAUCGGACUUGUGAUCAAAUCCAGCUAAAACUUAGUGGAGAAUCGCAUGUUAAUGUGAAAGAAAUGCUAGCAGAAUAGCAACUCCCCUCUUCAAUAGUGUCCAAACUUGAUAUUGUACAGAGAAGUGUAUCUGCAUCCAAUGUUCUAAUCUCAUCAAAUUAGGGUGAUGCAACUGGUGGUAGUAAGAAAAACUAAUGUGCUCUUAUGCUCCUGUUGCGUUAUUGCUUCUCUAGAAAUUUCUAGAGGCAUUUCUGGAAAGUUAUGUU